AUGAGACACAAAAACUAAUUUUAGUUGAAGAAUGGAAAAACUUAAAGUAUAUAUUCAACUGAAUCUACAAUUCAAACUCCUUCUAGAUAAUUAUCACCAAAAUCACCAUAGAUUUGGACCUCAUCUGCUUUAUCCAAUACAAGUAUUAUGUAUUCAUUAUUAAAUAGAUCUGCCAGCGUAAUCUGAUUUAUAAUAUUAGGUGAAAAUCAAAGAACUUUUAGAAGAAAAUUAAAUGUUGAUUCAUAAAAGCUCCAUGCAAGAUUUAAUCAUUAAUAGAUUAUAAUAAAUAGAAGAAUUGGAACCAAUACGAUCCUGCAGAGUAAAUACUUUAAAUAAUGUUCGAAAAAAUGAUAAGAAACAAAUCAAUAAAAUUUAAAAAUCUGUUUACACAAGGGAAAUAGAGAGCAAAGAUGAUAAAAUGUUAUUUACUUUCUUUAGUCCAGAACCAAAUAAGAAAACUAGUGUAUGCAAACUUCCAAAAGUGUUUUAAGUGAUUCCAAAGAAAAAAAAAUAUUUUAUAUGA